CUGUAUGAGGAAAAGAAGUUAUUCAGAGAACUUUGCAUUGUUCUUCAGCUCAGUGAUGGCACAAAUCAACUAAUCUGGAUUCCUAAUUUCUGCAGCUGAGACUUCUGAGAUUUGAGCUGGGGCAGUGAAUGUGUGUGCCUGAGUGUGUGUGUCACCUGGAUGCUGAGAUGUGUUAGGAACUACAGGAGAUGAAUAGAAGAGCACUUUUCUGAUGUGCUGGUGAGAAGAAAAUUUGUACUUGGGUUGUUUUGGAGCGUUUGCAAAGCACUGACUAGCAGCUGAAGUUAAGAACUGUGUGUAUCAGGGCUGGAUUGUAUCCUGCAGAGAACUGCUUGUGGGAAGACGUGACUGCAGUGCAGCUGUUGGGUAUCAAACUGCUGCUGGAGCUCUUCAGAGCUGUCCUCACAAACCUGUGAAAGGUCUGUGUGGCCCUUUCUGUGUGGGAAUGUUGCAGAUGGCUUCAGUAACAGAUGCCAGAUACAGGCAGAAAGAUACUUCGGAUCAGAACUUUGAUUACAUGUUCAAACUCCUGAUCAUUGGGAACAGCAGUGUGGGUAAAACAUCCUUCCUCUUCAGAUAUGCUGAUGACACUUUCACGCCAGCCUUCGUCAGCACAGUAGGAAUUGACUUCAAAGUGAAAACAGUUUAUAGGAAUGAUAAGCGGGUGAAACUGCAGAUUUGGGAUACAGCUGGACAAGAAAGGUACAGGACCAUCACUACAGCCUACUACCGAGGUGCCAUGGGCUUCAUCCUCAUGUAUGACAUCACCAGUGAAGAAUCCUUCAAUGCAGUGCAGGACUGGGCCACACAAAUCAAGACCUACUCCUGGGACAAUGCACAGGUGAUCCUGGUUGGAAACAAAUGUGACAUGGAGGAUGAAAGGAUCGUUCCUUUGGAGAAAGGGAAACAUCUGGCUGAUCAGCUGGGUUUUGACUAUUUUGAAGCUAGUGCCAAAGAAAACAUCAACGUAAGGCAGGUGUUUGAGCGUCUUGUGGAUAUAAUCUGUGAAAAGAUGUCAGAGAGUAUAGAGUCAGACCCUUCCAGGGGCGCUUCGGGAAGGAAUGUGAGGCUCACAGACAACCCACCCCCUUCACAGCAGAACUGCUCGUGUUAGUGACCUUUCUUGCUGAGAAAUGUCUUUCUCCUUUCCUGACUAAAUUUUCUCUUUCUCUGUGGUUUGUUACCAUGUAGUCCAAAGGCAGAAGUCUCUGUUGUAGGAAACAGGUGUGUUUAAUGUGCUGGAGUGUUUAAUAUAUAUUAUCUGAUAAUUUAAAAAGAAACACUGAAUAAAUAUUGUGAGUGCGCCUAGUUGUUAAUGUGUGAGUUACACUGAAUGAAGAAAAAGAAUCGCAUAGUGUUGCAAAUGCCUACGUUUGGAUCUACUCUGAUCAGCUGCUCGGUGGCAGAUGAGUUGCAGGAUGAUGGACAUGAGGAAUUGGCUGCUGUGUGCUUGGCUGGAGGCAAGUUAUGGUAUAUAAGACUUAGAAACAGCACUAGCUUGGAAAGAAAGCAGGAGCCAAAGUAGCAUUGCCAAUAUUGUUAAAUUUUUCUGUGUUUUGUUGUUGAUUCCAUUUUUUAAUUUUGUGCUAGACGGUGCAUGUGUGAGGAUAGAUUUUCAAGUUUCAGGUUCAACCACUGUGUAUAAUUUUAGAAGAAGUGUGUGGGAAAAGACACGAUGAAUAAAACAUCAAAGAUAUCCUGUUGGGUACGCUACAGAUGUGGCAUGAUUCUUUGAGGGGAUGGAUAAUUUUUAAUAUUCGACGCCUACAAUGUUAUUGCACUAAAUAUAUACUUGUACUAAAAGAUGAAGUUUUGUAUGGGUGUAGAACUCUGUAUGUGUGCCACGUGCAGAGCUUGUGUUUCUCUGAAAUAUAAGGAACUGCUUUUGUGAAUCUGUAAAACUGUAGCAUGUGCCUUUGUCCAUGAUUGCACCAUGGUUUGCACAGCGCAGCUCCAAGCAGUGACUGCAGGUUGCAUCAGUAAAUGUAAAUGAGGUGGAUGUAGAAGAAAUUGGCUGCAUUAGUGGUGUAACUAGGAAAAGUUUUAUGGCUUUACCACAGGCCUAUACGUUCCUCUGACCAAGGAGACUUUCUGUUGUCAGAAUCCGGAGUCCAGCAUCUGCCCAUGGCGCUGUCCCCAUGAUGGCACUAGCAUUAACUCUUGGAGUUUUGUUGUUACAUCUCAAAGUUGUAAGAAAAAAAACCACCGGUUUUCUGGAGAAAAAUGCCACUAUCUUGUUGUUUGAGCUCAGCACGCUCAAGGCUCAAACCCUUUGCACCGCAUUUUGUUGCUUGCAGAAAUCUUUACAGUGACUUUGGGUGUGUGUGACCCGCUGCUGAAAAUUUGCCCUGUGCAACGCCAGGAGUGCCAUUACUGUAUGUGAACCCUCCGAAACUGCCAAAUAAAGAGAAAUGUGGCCACCAGGUGUGCC